GAUAGAGGGCCGAUGCCACACGCCACCGCCGACCUGCGCCAGCCACCGAUCGCCGCCGAUGCAAUUUCGAGUGAACACCUCACUGAACAGGAAGACACAGUUUAACCAAUCCAAUGGACUCACCGCCGCCACGAAACGACGCCGUCCCCAAUUCGAGUCCAGAAUCUCCACAACUACAAGCGCUAGAACAGUCGCAAGAUGACGAAUCCCAGCGUCUGUUGCUCGCGCCAUCAUCCGACGGCGUUAUCAAUAAAACGACGCAAAAGAACGGCGCCGAAGAAGGCGAGGACGAGGAAGCAGCGUACGAGGCGCGGGAGAAGAUCCAAAUCGGCGAAUUCGAAUUGGAUUCCCCGAAUUACUCAGCCGUCCCUGCUUUCUCCCUCAAGAAGCUAUGGCUGUUCACCGGACCGGGGUUUUUGAUGAGCAUAGCGUUUCUAGAUCCGGGGAAUCUCGAGGGGGAUCUCCAGGCGGGGGCAAUAGCGGGUUAUUCAUUGCUGUGGUUGUUGAUGUGGGCAACGGCGAUGGGGUUGUUGAUUCAGCUGCUUUCUGCGAGAAUUGGGGUUGCCACAGGCCGGCAUUUGGCGGAGCUUUGCCGCGAGGAGUACCCGUAUUGGGCGGGGAUUGUAUUAUGGUUCAUGGCGGAGCUGGCGUUGAUUGGGGCAGAUAUUCAGGAGGUCAUUGGAAGCUCCAUUGCUAUUCAGAUUUUGAGCCGCGGCGUCAUUCCACUUUGGGUUGGGGUUCUGAUCACUGCUUCUGAUUGCUUUAUAUUUUUACUUCUUGAAAACUAUGGAGUGAGGAAGUUGGAAGCUGUUUUUGCAGUUCUUAUUUCAACUAUGGCGUUGUCGUUUGCUUGGAUGUUUGCCGAUGCUCAGCCAAGUAAAAAGGAGCUUUUACUCGGUCUUUUAAUCCCAAAACUUAGCUCAAAGACAAUUCGACAAGCUGUAGGAAUUGUCGGCUGUGUAAUAAUGCCACACAAUGUGUUUCUGCACUCAGCUCUGGUACAAUCGAGAGAAAUUGACCCGCGCAAGAAAGGUCAGGUUCAGGAAGCGAUCAAUUACUACACCAUCGAGUCAUCCCUUGCACUUCUCGUCUCCUUCAUGAUUAACUUGUUUGUCACGACUGUAUUCGCUAAGGGAUUCUUUGGAAGUAAGCAAGCACACACCAUAGGCCUGGUGAAUGCUGGACAAUAUCUUGAAGAGAAGUACGGUGGAGGGCUCCUUCCGAUUCUUUACAUAUGGGGAAUUGGAUUAUUGGCUGCUGGACAGAGCAGCACAAUUACGGGUACUUACGCCGGACAGUUUAUAAUGGGAGGGUUCCUUAACUUACGUCUGAAAAAAUCGUUGCGGGCUUUGAUCACUCGAAGCUGUGCUAUUAUACCUACUAUAAUAGUGGCACUGGUUUUCAACAAAUCCGAGUCAUCUUUAGACGUGCUGAACGAGUGGCUCAACGUGCUGCAGUCAAUACAGAUACCAUUUGCGCUCAUCCCUCUGCUAACUUUGGUGGUGAAAGAGCCUGUAAUGGGAGACUUCAAGAUUGGCCCAACACUGGAGAGGGCCGCGUGGACGGUGGCUGCGCUAGUGAUGGUGAUAAACGGGUACCUUCUUCUCGACUUUUUCCUCUCGGAAGUCAAUAGCCUGUUGUUUGCUUUCCUUGUUUUUGCCGGUGCUUCUGCGUAUGGUUCAUUUGUAGUGUAUCUUAUUUCUCAUAGAAAUAGCGAGCUUUUGAAUUGGCUUAGUCGACGUCUACCCGGUAGAUUUGGUUACUCUGAAAAUUAACCCGAAAGCGCGCAAUGGGACUCGAAUUUGCUCUCCUCAUUCAUCGAAUGAACCUUUUUGUAACUACUUGGUAGGAUCAUCACACGAAAGUUUGGGCAUAUAAUUUUAUGUAUGUGUGGUAUUUAAUCACAAAAUUGAAGGGAAUUUGUUGGAGCUCAAGAGAAGUUGAAAUUUUUGGUUUGA